UGUGAACUUUGACCGCUGGCGCCAGGAGUAGUGCGCAUGUACCGUCCCUCUGAAUGGUGUGUGUUCUUUGUCUCGCCGCAGCGGUGGGGGCUGUGGCGGUUGUCCUGGUCCUGCGGCUAUGGAUAGUGCUUGGGCCCCAGGACUUCACGCCUCGGGAAUCUCUCAGUCUCUUGGUAGUGGCUGGGUCCGGCGGCCACACCACCGAGAUCCUGAGGCUGGUUGGGAGCUUGUCCAAUGCGUACUCGCCGCGGCAUUACGUCAUUGCUGACACAGAUGAAAUGAGCGCCAAUAAAAUUAACUCCUUUGAACUGGAUCGAGCUGAUAGAAACCCCAGUACCAAGGUAGGUGAGCAUGUCUAUGUUACACGUUACACGUUGAGUUUAAUCAGCUUUCGAAAUAAUUUCAUGGUACUUCAGCACCCCAACACACUAGGCAAUCAAAUGUUUACUGAUAAUAAAAUACAUUUCUUUACUACCAAAAGAUAA